ACACACACAACGGAAAGUCAGCUGCCGGAGAAACGUCAAAAUGCAUGCACCCGUCUCAAAAUAGAGUAUCCACGUUUGAUUCUUUAGCGGCUGAAACAUCUCGCCUAAAUACCGUGCGCCUGAAAGUUAAACUUUGUCAGUGAUUUGCGGUGAAGAAAACAAGCAUGCCUCCGAAGAAGAUCCUAGAGCCGGAAGUGAAACCACUGAUUGGCCGCAUCGGUACCAACUUGCGCAUCGGAAUCGUCGGUGUACCGAACGUCGGCAAGUCCACCUUUUUCAACGUGUUGACGAAAAGUGCGGCACCGGCGGAAAAUUUUCCCUUCUGCACAAUCGACCCGAACGAGAACAGGGUUCCAGUGCCUGAUGCACGUUUUGACUAUCUGUGCGAAUACCAUAAACCAGCGAGCAAAGUGCCUGCAUAUCUGAACGUGGUCGAUAUCGCCGGUCUUGUGAAGGGAGCCGCAGAAGGACAGGGUCUGGGAAAUGCGUUCCUGUCACAUAUCAGCGCAUGCGAUGCCGUCUUUCAUUUGUGUCGCGCUUUCGAUGAUCCGGACGUAACGCACAUCGAAGGUGAAGUGGACCCGGUUCGUGAUCUGAGCAUCAUCGCCGAAGAGUUGCGUCUGAAGGACGAGGAGAAACUGAUGACCAAUCUGGAUAAGGUGGAAAAACUGGUGACGAGAGGUGGCGAUAAGAAAUCCAAACCGGAAUAUGAAACGCUGGUAAAGGUCAAAGAGGUUCUGGUGGAUGAGAAGAAGCACAUCAGAUUCGCUGACUGGAGCGCUCAUGACAUCGAGGUACUGAACAAGUAUCUUUUCCUGACCUCAAAGCCUUGCAUUUAUCUGGCGAAUCUGUCGGAGAAGGAUUUCAUCCGAAAAAAGAACAAAUGGCUGCCCAAGAUCAAGGAGUGGAUCGACAAGCACGAUCCGGGCGCACCACUGAUCCCAUUCUCCGGCUUGUUCGAGAAUAAUUUGGCUGAGAAAGAGUCGGACCUGGAACGGAAGGCCUACGAGGAGGAGACCAAGUGCACCUCGAUGCUGGAUCGUAUUAUCACCACCGGUUACAAGGCGCUGCAGUUGGAGUAUUUCUUCACCGCCGGUCCGGACGAGGUGAAGGCUUGGACCAUCCAAAAGGGUACCAAGGCACCGCAGGCGGCCGGCCGAAUUCAUACCGAUUUCGAGAAGGGUUUCAUCAUGGCCGAAGUGAUGCACUACAAAGAUUUUAAGGAGGAAGGAAGUGAAGCCAACGCUAAGGCUGCCGGUAAGUAUCGGCAGCAGGGUCGUAAUUACGUCGUCGAGGAUGGAGAUAUUAUAUUCUUUAAGUUCAACGCCGGCGCCGGUCUCAAGGAUGCAAAGAAGAAGUGAUAUCAGAAGGUGACCACGGUUAUCAUUGUGUUUUUGUAUUUGAAUAUGAUAUUCUAUUCGCAAAUGUUUUUGCCGCUACUGCAAUAAACGAGGAGAGAAUGGUGUAGAAAUACAAUGAUACAAGACACUGUGUAAGAAAUAUACAUUCUCAACUACCCAAUGCGCAUACCAUAAACACACUGAACUGAACAUUGAACAUAUUUGAUUGACUGUGAAAAUCUGCAAUCUAAGAAAACUAAUAAAUUAUUCGUUUUGUGUAGCUGCUUAUA